UGUCACGUCGCGCUGCGACUGAGGCGUGGCGUCUGCUGGGGCACCUGAAGGAGACUUUGGGACACCCUCGUCGUGCCUCUUGGGCUGUGAGGAGUCGCCGCUGCCGCCAGUGCCUGUGCUUCAUGAGGAAGAUGCUCGCCGCCGUCUCCCGCGUGUUGUCUGGCGCUUCUCAGAAACCGAGGCAUGGUUUCGCUAUGUUGCCCAGUCUGGUCUCCAUCUCCAGACUCAAGCAGUCCUCCCACCUGGGCCUCCCAAAGUGCUGGGAUUACUCUCACUCUCUUAAAACCAGGCAGGCAAGCAGAGUGCUGGUAGCAUCCCGUAAUUUUGCAAAUGAUGCUACAUUUGAAAUUAAGAAAUGUGACCUUCACCGACUCGAAGAAGGCCCUCCUGUCACAACAGUGCUCACCAGGGAGGAUGGGCUCAAAUACUACAGGAUGAUGCAGACUGUGCGCCGAAUGGAGUUGAAAGCAGAUCAGCUGUAUAAACAGAAAAUUAUUCGUGGUUUCUGUCACUUGUGUGAUGGUCAGGAAGCUUGCUGUGUGGGCCUGGAAGCCGGCAUCAACCCCACAGACCAUCUCAUAACAGCCUACCGGGCUCACGGCUUUACCUUCACCCGGGGCCUUUCCGUCCGAGAAAUUCUCGCAGAGCUUACAGGACGAAAAGGAGGUUGUGCUAAAGGGAAAGGAGGAUCGAUGCACAUGUAUGCCAAGAACUUCUACGGGGGCAAUGGCAUCGUGGGAGCUCAGGUGCCCCUGGGCGCUGGGAUUGCUCUAGCCUGUAAGUAUAAUGGAAAAGAUGAGGUCUGCCUGACUUUAUAUGGCGAUGGUGCUGCUAACCAGGGCCAGAUAUUUGAAGCUUACAACAUGGCAGCUUUGUGGAAAUUACCUUGUAUUUUCAUCUGUGAGAAUAAUCGCUAUGGAAUGGGAACAUCUGUUGAGAGAGCAGCAGCCAGCACUGAUUACUACAAGAGAGGCGAUUUCAUUCCUGGGCUGAGAGUGGAUGGAAUGGAUAUCCUGUGCGUCCGAGAGGCGACAAGGUUUGCUGCCGCCUAUUGUAGAUCUGGGAAGGGGCCCAUCCUGAUGGAGCUGCAGACUUAUCGUUACCACGGACACAGUAUGAGUGAUCCUGGAGUCAGUUACCGUACACGAGAAGAAAUUCAGGAAGUAAGAAGUAAGAGUGACCCUAUUAUGCUUCUCAAGGACAGGAUGGUGAACAGCAAUCUUGCCAGUGUGGAAGAACUAAAGGAAAUUGAUGUGGAAGUGAGGAAGGAGAUUGAGGAUGCUGCCCAGUUUGCCACGGCCGAUCCUGAGCCACCUUUGGAGGAGCUAGGCUACCACAUCUACUCCAGCGACCCACCUUUCGAAGUUCGUGGUGCCAAUCAGUGGAUCAAGUUUAAGUCAGUCAGUUAAGGGGACUAGAAGGGGAGGUUAUACCUUCAGGGGGCUACCAGUGUUCUCAACUUGGUUAAGGAGGAAGAAAACGCAGUCAAUGAAAUUCUUGUAAACUUCCAUUAAGACUAAGUGUGUAGAUUGAGCAGGUAGUAAUUGCAUGCACUUUGUACAUUGUUGCAUUAAAAAAUUAAUUAUUGAGUGCUUAAAGAUUAUUUUUGACUUAAAAUAGUUGAACAAAUACUCUAAUUAUGAAAAGGAAGAACAAUACCUUGUGUGCCUGUUUCCCCCACCCCCAGCCACCUUUUUGGGAGGAGACCAUUAUCAAUCACAGGGCCCCUCACAGGCAUGCUUGUGGUAACAGCCCACAGUGUUCUGCCAUAGCACCCGCUCCGAGCAGCGUUGGUGCUACAGCCUGUUUGCGCUGACCAUCAUUUCUCUGUAAGACACAAUAUUUAUUAUCAGGCAGGAGGACAGUUCCAUUUUAAAAUAAGACUCUUUCAUAAUCAUUUCAAAGGCCACAUAACUUAGUUUUCUCUACUUACACAUUCAGUAUAAAUAUGAAGCUAUUUUCUGUUCAUAUCAAACAUUAACUACAAGGCACAUUCGUAUCAAUUUUGUGUUUCUCAAAAUUUAAGUACCAUACCAGUUCUGAAGCAGUGUCCCAGCUUCCAUGUUAAACACCCCUUGUUUCACCAUUCCAGCAAGUGCUAAAGGGUGUACUUUUUUUUUUUUUGAGACAGGGUCUGGCUCUGUUGCCCAGGCUGGAGUGCAGUGGCAUGAUCACAGCUCACUGCAGCCUCCAUCUCCUGGGCUCAAGCAAUCCUCCCACCUCAGCCUCCCUAGUAGCUGGGACUACAGGUGAAUUUCCUAAUAUUCCGGGAGGUCAAAACUAAGGCUCACUGUUUUCACAAUACACACAGUUCUAUGUUUAUAAAUAAUAGGUUUCAAAAGAAACUCAGGACAGUGUUUAAAACUUAAGUUCUUAAACUAUUAAUUGAACAAUGGCAUUUUUAAAUACGUAAACAGCAGAAUUCGUGUGUACACUAACAGAAGCUUUAACAAAACAUGUAGCAUGGUGGCACAUUCUGCUCCAGCUUAGCUGAUUGGUAUCAAGCCUCAUCUUUGGUUUCUGAGGCCUCCUGAGCCCUUCUGUACUGGGAGACUGCACUCCAGAGCCUGCAGAGGAGACCACCCCUAGGAAACAAACAGAGCUGUCUUCAGAGUCAGAGCUUCAAGCCAACAGAGCUUAAAAAUGCAGUCCCCAACUUAAAAACCUAAUGAAAAUCAAAACAUUCUCUUCACAUAUGGAGGUGACGCUCGUGUCCCAGCAGUGGUAGGACAUGGCCUUAGAGGUACGUACCUGCAGAGAGCUAUUUCAAAUGACUCAGAACAAGAAGGCAGGUUGCAGUUUAAAGAAGGGGGUGGGUCCAGCAUGCAGGCACGCUUGCUGUGUGCCUUCCCCCACUCCCAGCCAGGCAUUAAUGGCAGGAAAUUGGCCAGCUCUUCUCUGUCACCUUCCUACUUCUGACUUCUGCCUGGCUUUCAGUUUCUGCCAUGCCUUGGCUUUUUCCCAGCUUGAACCUAGCAGAACUCCAGAGUUUGGGGGGAGACCCAGCCCUUUGUUUUCUGCUUUAAGCAUAUUCACACAUAAAAAGUCGUGUUCUCUUUUACAAACUGUUUUGAGGCUCUUACCGUAGUCGAAGGUAUCUUAGAUCUUCCUUAGUGAUCUCAUUAAGAAUAUCAGAAAGUGUAUAACCCUCUUCAACAAUCUGAAACAAAGAUCAAAUCCUUAAGAGCUGAGCAGCUGUGUAAUAACAGCAUAAGAAUUUCUUUGUUGUAAAGUUACCUUUUCAAUUGUCUUUGCAUCGGCUCCUUGCAGCCGCAACCAGUCUAUAAGCUCUUUAUCUGUUCUCUGCCCAUAGGGCCCUGCUGGGUUCUCUGUAAUACCUGUAACGAUUAGCAAUUUGUUAUCUAUUAGUCUAACCAUAAAAUUCUUCAAAAGUAACCAGGUGGAUUAAUAAAUGAUUCCAGAAUGUAAA